AUGUCCAGCAGCGCACCAUCAGAUUCGCGUAGCCAAAACACAUUACCCUCGAUCAUCGUUCGCAGCGCAUCUCCUCUCCAGCCAGAACCAGAGGAUUUUCUUUCCAAAGCCGCGACCCAGACCAUUGCCGCGCCGUCUCCUACUAUCUCCUCCAGUCUUCAGGUUCCAAAGGCGUUGAGCCGGAAGCGUAGCGCCUCCGAAGCAGACAUAACUAGUUCAGAGCCUGCGGCAAGGAAGAUAAUGGCACCCAAGGUCUCCUCCAAGAAAGACGCCGAGUCCAACUCGAAGAAGUCGAACUCGUCCUCUUCUUCGAAAUCAAAGUCCAAGUCCAAGUCUACCACCGAUGAUUGGACUGAGGUCACUGAGCCAGAAGAGAGACGCAGGAUCCAAAACAAGCUUGCGCAAAGGAAGUUCCGCGAAAAGGCCAGGGAAAACAAAGAAAGGGCCGAGCGGGAAGCCAGGAACCAGCAGCAUGCUGGAAGUUGCUAUCAGAUACCGACGCCAAGCGAUGUAGCUUCAGACCAAGAGGUAUCAGGCCUUCCGUGGGGGACCUUCUCGAUGCGACAUGUAGUUUCCAGGGGACAUGAGGCCGAGAGCAGACGAAGCAGCGGCAGAGGCGAUUACCUACGCGAAGACGGACGAUACCAGACGAGUCCAUUUAUGGAACACGCGCCGUACCCCGCGGCAACACCGUCCUACCAGCAGCACCACGGCCAUGGCAGUUUCGGAGGAAGCAGUGCGGGAGAGGAUGGUCCAUACUACGAGACAGACCCGCAGUUAUUCUACGGCUCCUCAGGUAUCCCAGCCCAACAAUCGCAAUACCCUCCCCCUCCGCAGCAAGGUCAUUUCGUUACGGACCAGUUUACAGCAUCAACUCCCUGGCCUGAGAGCCCGCCAUUCGCAGCGAACUUUUCACUGGCGCCUCUCCAUGCCAGCGAAGACACCGACCAGAUUUAUUACUAG